CUCAACGUCUUCAUUCUCUCCUACACAAAUGCCCUAGCCGUGUACUGUACAUCCAGUUCCCAGAGUGAGUGUUCCUGUUCUACGCGAUGCUCUCCAGCCCAAGAUUAUGUUGGAAGCAAAUCAACAAUGACUUGGGUUGGGAACUUAGUUAAAUCAUGAAUUAUAUCACUAUUCUCUUUAUUUCUUGAAGCUGUACUCAAUGAUCAAAUGGACCAUGAAACUUUGGUGCCUCAUUUCCCUCCAAAAACCUCUUCUCCAACCACUUUACCUACCAACCCAUUUUCUCUUUUCUGCUAAACUUAUCCAAACCUACGCUAAAUUUAGCGGAGACCCACAAACCACAACAGCUAUUUUAAGCUCUUUCCAUGCAAAAAUCUUCACACCCCCCACCUCUAUAUCUUACUCUAAGCUCCUCUCACAAUGCACUGCUUCCAAGUCUGUGACUUCAGGUAUGGAAGUCCAUGCUCACAUGAUCAGAUUUGGAUUAUCUGAGGACCCCAGUUUUCGGAAUCAUUUGAUUAGUCUGUACUCAAAGUGUCGGUGUUUCGGGUAUGCACGGAAGCUGGUUGAGGAAAGUUCUGAACCGGAUUUGGUUUCUUGGUCUGCUUUGAUAUCUGGGUAUGCACAAAAUGGGCUUGGUGAGGAAGCCCUUUUGGCCUUUCAUGAGAUGCAUUUGUUGGGUGUUAAGUGCAAUCAGUUUACGUUUCCUAGUGUUCUUAAGGCGUGCUCGAUGACAAAGGAUUUGGAGCUGGGGAAGCAGGUUCAUGGCAUUGCAGUUGUGACAGGGUUUGAGUCCGAUGUGUUUGUUGCGAAUACUUUGGUUGUUAUGUAUGCAAAAUGUGGGGAGUUUGGGAGUUCGAGGAGACUGUUUGAUACAAUUCCUGAGCGGAAUGUUGUUUCGUGGAAUGCGUUGUUUUCUUGUUAUGUGCAGGGUGAUUUCUGUGGAGAAGCAGUGGAUUUGUUUCAGGAAAUGAUUUUGAAUGGAAUUAGACCUAAUGAGUUUAGUUUGUCCAGUAUACUGAAUGCAUGCUCAGGUUUGGGGGAUGAUAGUCAAGGAAAGAAAACCCAUGGGUAUUUGAUAAAGCUUGGGUAUGAUUCUGAUCCAUUCUCAGCAAAUGCACUUGUUGAUAUGUAUGCAAAAGUAGGAGAUAUUGAAGAUGCAGUUGCUGUUUUUGAGGAAAUAGCAAGACCUGACAUUGUUUCCUGGAAUGCUGUUAUUGCUGGCUGUGUUCUUCAUGAGUACCAUGGUUGGGCUUUAAACUUGUUUGCGCAAAUGAAAAGGUCAGAAAUAUGUCCAAAUAUGUUUACCUUAUCUAGUGCUCUUAAAGCUUGUGCUGGCUUGGGGCUCAAGGCAUUGGGUAGACAGUUGCACUCUAGAUUGAUAACAAUGGAUAUAGAAUCAGAUUCGUUUGUGGGUGUAGGACUGAUAGAUAUGUACUCAAAGUGUGAUAUGAUGGGUGAAGCGAGGAUGGUUUUUUAUUUGAUGCCAAAAAAGGACUUGAUUGCAUGGAAUGCUGUUAUCUCUGGACAUGCAUACAAUGGAGAAGACAUGGAGGCUGUAUCCCUUUUCACUGAGAUGUUCAAGGAGGGAAUUGGAUUCAACCAGACUACAUUAUCCACAGUCCUAAAAUCUACAGCUAGUUUGCUGUAUAUCAAUGUUUGUAAACAAGUUCAUGCACUUUCUGUAAAAUCAGGUUUUCAUUCUGACAAUUAUGUUGUAAACAGCAUUCUUGAUACAUACGGAAAAUGUAGCCAUGCUGAAAAUGCUGCAAGAAUUUUUGAAGAAUGCCCAAUUGGAGAUCUGGUGGCUUUCACAUCCAUGAUCACAGCUUAUGCUCAAUAUGGUCAAGGAGAGGAAGCACUAAAGCUCUAUUUGCAAAUGCAAGAUAGGGGAAUCAAGCCGGAUCCAUUUGUUUGCAGUUCCCUUCUGAAUGCCUGUGCAAAUUUAUCAGCAUAUGAACAAGGAAAACAGAUACAUGUCCAUGUUCUGAAGUUCGGAUUCAUGUCUGAUGUCUUUGCCGGGAAUUCCCUAGUCAACAUGUAUGCAAAAUGUGGAAGCAUUGAUGAUGCAGACUGUGCUUUCUCUGAGAUACCUGAGAGAGGAAUAGUUUCUUGGUCUGCAAUGAUUGGGGGACUUGCACAGCAUGGGCAUGGGAAGCAGGCCCUCCAACUGUUUAAUCAGAUGCUUCAUGAUGGUGUCCCCCCCAAUCACAUAACUUUAGUUAGUGUCCUUUGUGCAUGCAAUCAUGCGGGUCUGGUAACUGAAGCCAGACAUUAUUUCAAUUCAAUGGAAGAGUUGUUUGGUAUUGAACCAAUGCAAGAGCAUUAUGCUUGUAUGAUUGAUCUCCUUGCCCGUGCUGGAAAAUUAAAUGAAGCAAUGGAACUAAUGAACAUGAUGCCAUUUCAAGCUAAUGGUUCAGUUUGGGGUGCGCUUCUUGGAGCAGCAAGAAUCCAUAAAAAUGUUCAUCUGGGCCAACAUGCUGCUAAGAUGCUUCUAACUCUUGAACCAGAGAAAUCUGGUACCCAUAUUCUUCUUGCAAACAUUUAUGCAUCAGCUGGCAUGUGGGAAAAUGUUGCAAAGGUAAGAAGGCUUAUGAAAGAUAGCAAUGUGAAGAAGGAACCUGGAAUGAGUUGGAUUGAGGUCAAAGACAAGGUAUUCACCUUUAUUGUGGGAGAUAGAAGCCAUUAUAGAAGCAAGGAAAUAUAUGCCAAGCUUGAUGAGCUGGCUGACCUUAUGAAUAAAGCUGGCUAUGUUCCCAUGGUAGAGAUUGACCUCCAUGAUCUAGAACAUAGUGAAAAGGAGCAGCUUUUAUUCCACCAUAGUGAAAGGCUUGCAGUGGCUUUUGGUUUGAUUGCUACUCCACCAGGAACUCCAAUUAGGGUGAAGAAGAAUCUUCGAAUCUGUAUGGAUUGCCAUGCCGCAUUCAAGUUCAUCUGUAAAAUUGUCUCAAGGGAGAUUAUCGUGAGAGAUGUCAAUAGAUUCCACCAUUUUAAAGAUGGUUUGUGUUCUUGUGGAGACUAUUGGUGAUUUUUUGUGGGGGAGAAGUGUUACCUUUCUUUCCAACCAAGUAUACCUCUGACACAAGGGCAUAUUGGAGGCCUAUCAUGAACCUAUGGCCUUUUCUUACUGUGAUUUGUGUUUUAAUGUCUAGGUGACUCAUCUUUUGGGGGCUCUAAAACAAAUGCAAAUGAUGCCAAUGAGCUCUAGCUCAAAAUUCAAAUGGUGCUUCCUACUUAGGCUUUGUUUGGUUGGGAGAUGGAAAAUUGGAGGGAUAGAAAAUGGUGGGGGAUGGAAAGUGGAAGGAUAGAAGAGUUAAAUAAGGACCCCAAGAUUUUCCCUAUGAAUAUUGCUUGUUCUAUGUGACUUUUGUUCCUCUUCGGUGGAUAUACUCUCAGUUCAAGAAAUGGCAUUACUAUCUUUUGAUAUUUGUAUGAAUUUGGAGGGUUGGAACCAGUUGGGGACUGGACUAGAAUCAGUCACAGUGAUGUCACAUAUUUGUGUGCAAUCAACAGAUUGCAGUGGUGAGGUGCUGAGGAAAGACUUCUUGUCAAAACAUUUGACAAAAACAUGCACCGUUAAAACUUGUUUCUUUCUUUCGCCGUUAUCUAUAUUGGUUCUUAACUUCUAAUGGAAGUGAAGAAUGGUAAUUUAUGAGGGCUGUGAAUGAGAUUUUGGUAAGUUCUGUGUGAAUGAGACUUUGGUAUGUCAAAAUUUUCCUUUUUUUUUUGUGUGGCUAAAAUGCAAAACUGACCCUCUAAGUUUCACUUUUUGUCAUUUUAGUCCUUUAAGUUUCAGUUUUGUCAUUUCAAUCCUUUAAGUUUUAAUUUUUAUCAAUACAGUCCUCCGUUAGUCUUCUGUUAAAUCCUCUCGUUAGAAGCUAUAAGUCUCCUUGAAAGAAAAACAAAAAAAAAGUCUUCUUGCACGUUGGAACAGAAAAAAUCAAUGGCAUCAACUAUUCAGUCUGUAGUAUCUCGUGGAGCCGCUGGCAUAGAGAAGGUUGGCAAGUCAAAAUCUUCUUGUUGAAACAGACAAUUUUUGUAUCUCACUUUACCAACGAAAGUAGCUCAGCGGUUUCUAUUCUGUAGUGUUUCAUUUUUUUUUGUUUGUUUGUUGAGAAGAUAGUGUUUUCAUGUAAGCCAAUUAAAAACAAUCUCCAAGGUGGUCAUCUAAGUGUGUCUUUCAACAAGUUCCAUUAUCUUAAUUCCUUUUUCCUUUUUCUUCUCUAACAUCCCAAAAAGUUUUUAUACUUAUAGUUAAUUUUUCUGUUUCUUACUGUCCAUUUUUUUUUUCUUGCAAGGAGACUAAUGGCUGCUAACGGAGGGCUUAACAGAAGACUAACGGAGGAUGUUUGCUACUAUGCGUAUAUAAUCUUCUUGGUCAAACCACUAUGGUUUGCUUCUCAUUUUCUGAGGUGAAGUAUCCAGCAACCAUGGCUGCAGCCAUGCACCCGGAAGGAACUUCUUGCAAAGCUUCUUGGCCAUAUGUGGAGGGCAAAACUUACCAUUGAACAUGGCUAUUUUUUGGUUCAAUUAGUUGCUUAUACCCAUGGCUGGCUCUCCAUUUUCUCAUUGUUAAUGUCCUGGGUCAACAAAGGCUGUUAAGAGAUCCUGAAGUCAUUUCUUACAGGGGAUCAAAAUCGCUUAUUCAUGUUCAUUGUGUGCCAAGCCUUGUUUACUGUAGCAACCAUGGCACUUACAGUCCCCAUCCUGUCAUAUAAUUGCAUGUGAUUUUCCAAAUACCAAGUGUUUCUGCAUCUGUGUGGAAUGGUGGAAGCUUUCUGCUAGAUGUAAUGCCUAGGCGGGUUAUUCUCAAGGAGAAGAAAUCGGAAAUGCAGCCGAUACAAACUCAGCAAGUUCAAUCCUCAGGUGUGAUGGAAGAUUCCAUGAUGAUGAAACUCUACUGAGAUAAACCAGUAGAACUUUUUUUAACAGUAUACUUUGUAGAAGUAGUCAUGACAAAUUAGUCAUAGUAGAAAUUUUUUAAUUGUAUCAAGUUUUUCUUUAGCGGAUCAGUGUUAAUGAUUUGUUUGUUAAGUUGGAUCUUGGGGCUUUGUGAAUAAUUCUCAUUUGCUAUAUGCACAUUUACAGAUUGAAAUUUUGUAGAAUUCAGAUUGGACUCUGAUCA